AUGAGCAGCCCACAACUAUGGACCGGAUUUCAAGCUUUGGGCAUACAAGUAGCUCAAAAUGCUAUCCAGAAACGUUAUUUUGCACUCAAAAGAGUCUUGAUUACAGGUGCUUCAUCAGGAAUAGGCAAAGCUUGUGCAAUAUGACUUUUAAAUCAAGGUGCUAGAGUCGCAUUAAUAGGCCGUGAUCUAGAAGAAUUAGAAAAAAUAGGCCAUCAAUUUCCAAAUCAAGCUGUAGCAAUUCAAUGUGAUCUUGCUAUAGAUCGUCAGCAAUAUGAUAUGGUUUUAAGUGCAGUUGAAACAUUUGGUGGCCUUGAUAUUCUUAUUAACGCAGCUGGAAUAAUUUUUGAAAAUGAUUUAGAGUCUACAUAUCCUCAAGAUCAUGAUUAUAUUAUUGAUAUCAAUUUGCGAGCUGUCUACCACAUUAUCCAUAUGUGUCAAAGCUUUUUAGAAAAAAGCAGGGGUUGCAUUGUAAAUUUAUCAUGUGAAUGGGGAAAUAGACCCCAGCAAGGUAUGAUUUCUAACUGCAUGUCAAAAUCAGGCCUUGAAAUGCUAACUAAAUGCUUAGCUUUAGAACUUGCUCCUGUUAGAGUAAAUGCGGUGGCUCCUGGAUUCACUUGUACGAAUUUAUUUAAAUACGCAGGACUUACACCUCAUGAAGUUAGUGUCUUAAAAAGCAGGAUGAUGAAAACAAACCCAAUGAAAAAAGUUGCGAAUCCAGAUGAUAUAGUUAAAGCCAUUAUCUUUUUAUGCUCAAAAAGAGCAGCUAAUAUCACAGGACAGAUUUUGAAAGUAGAUGGAGGUCAAAAUUUAACUUCAUCAAUAACUAUUGAUUGGCAUUGCUUAUUUUAUUUUAUUUUAUUUAAUUUAUAUUUUUUAUUUUAUUAUUUUCGUCCAAAUAAAAUAGAAAAUUAUUAUUAAAUUGGCAUGACACCAUCACAAUGAACGCAAAAUUUGCAGCAACUGGAACUCAGCCAAUCCCAAGACUUGUAGAUUGGGCAAGAAAAGAAGCACGAAAAUUUCAAGGUGAGGAAAUCCAUGAUGAAGAUUGGGUUAGAGAACACGAAUCUAAAAGCAACUGGAGCACAAAUUUAGCUGACGCUCAUAUUAAGGUCACUGAUAAUUAUAGUAAGCUUGAAAAAACAGAAAAUAUUCUGAGCAAUUUAGAAGAGCAAAAAGACGAAAAUGGGACAAUUUAUACAGCAGAAAACCCAAAGGCUGCCAGAAUGAUUGGUGCAAGACAAACUGUAGGCCCAAAGAGUGGCGCUGUUGUAGGAGGCAAUUUGUUAGGAGUUGGAUUAGGAGCUCCAAGAUUGACUUCGCCUUAA